AUGGCUAGGGAUGGAGACGUCCCUACAAUUUUUAAUCCAAAAAGAGUUCGCGCACCAUCUGUAAUUAUAACCAGUGAAGAAGUCGUGGAAGCUGAUCGUGGUAUCGACGUAGAAAGAGAGCGGCCAAAUGGGCCUCCGACACCUUUAAGUCCUCGGGCUCCGUUGACACCUCAGACUUCAGUUUCUUCAGCACCACCUCUGACCACUCAGCCAUCUUUGCAGCAUACCUUUAGUGAAUCGGCGGCAAGCAGUCAAGAUGAAGAGCGGCAAGUCCAAAACAAAGGCUGCCCACGCUCCUGUUGCUCAAGGAUCGCUAAAAAGAUCUACUAUGGAGUUUGUGUUACGUUUACACUGGUUGCAUCCUGGGUGACAGUGACCCACUGUAUAAAAUAUCUGUAUCUACAAGACUACUCUCCUAUUCAUAGUGCUGAUUUUUCUAUGUUCAAUAAUUAUACAUCAAGGUUUCGCACACAUCACUUAUAUAAUGCACCAUUCUUCACAGCAUGGUUCUGUACUAACUGGUUGAUACUGUUUUAUCCAAUAUAUCUGAUGGUAAUGCUCAUACACAACAAAUGCAAGUCGGCUAAUGCCAUAGCAUGCGACGCGUUUAAUGAUUUCAAAGAAAAGGGCUUCACUUUUGCCCGUUUCCUCAGUCGCUGUGCGCUGUUUUGUUUUCUGUGGGUAGUGACUAUCUACAUGUACACAUACUCUCUCAAGAUUUUGUUAUCAACGGAUGUCGUAGCGCUUUUUGCGACCAACGUUUCCUGUAUCUACCUUUUGUCCUGGGUGAUACUGCAUGAGCAGUUUGUUGGCGUUCGGAUCGUCGCGGCAAUUCUAUGUGACACCGGAAUCGCUUUACUUGCGUACAUGGAUGGCAUCACAGGCAAUUCUACAUUGGGCGGUGUUGUGCUGGCCGCUUGUGCUGCUGCUGGCUUCGCUAUAUUCAAGGUGCUAUUCAGAAAAGUGAUGGGCGAAGUCAAUACGGGUCAACGGGCACUGUUCUUCUCCAUCCUGGGCAUUGUGAACGCGACGCUCCUGUGGCCGGUUUGCCUGGCUCUGUACCUGACUGGCACCGAACUGUUACCAGCGCACAGAAUGCCCUGGAUGCACCUGCUUAUAGCCAGCGUUGCUUUACUCGUAUUCCACAUGGGUUUCCAAUUUGGCAAUCUGGUGACCUACAAUAUAUUCGUUUCGCUGGCACUUAUCGUUGCAGUACCUGUUUCAGCUGCUCUGGACGUGGUACUGUACGGCGUAUGCUUCGAAGGUAUGAAGCUGUCCGGCAUCAUCCUAAUAGCGGUGGGCUUCUCACUGGUGAUGUUGCCUGACAACUGGCCGGACUACAUCAUGAGGUUGCUCAGAUGGAGCCGUCGUCGUCAACGCGGGAAUGACGGUUCCGGUCGAAACAGAGACACUGUGGACUACCGCACCGGAUACAUUCGUUCGCAUCUGAGGUCGCCCUCGGGACGCGUCAGGUGA